AUGUUUGACGACACUCGCGCCUUUAUCGCGGCGCAGAUUAAGGGCGCUAAACCCGCCUUUGUAUCAAAAACACCACAUUUUAACUUUAUCACCGUACAUUAUUUUUGGAUUAUUUUCGCAACAUUGCUUAGCGGCAUUCUCAUAUAUGCUGGUGGCAAAGGAGAGCUUCAUUUUAUUGAUGCUCUCAUGUUCGGCAGUGGUGCAAAUACACAAGCCGGCCUUAAUCCUGUUGAUGUCAACAAUCUCAAUGGAUUUCAGCAGUCAUGGAUCUACACCUUUUCUCUGCUCUCAAAUCCCAUCACACUACACACAUGUGUUGUGUUCCUCAGGCUUUACUGGUUUGAGAAACGUUUCCAGAAUUGGGCUAAAGAAGCUCGGAUGCGUCGCCGAACUCUCAGUAAAUCCAAAUCAAAGGCAAGAAAUGACUUGAGCCAGCUUGAAAAUGGCCUCGGCGUGAAUGGGAGACACAUCACUAUUGUGCCACGAGGCGACAAGGCAAACCGAAUUACCAAUGAUGUGUCUGACGACUUGCACAAGAGCGUUUCUCUUGAUGACAUUGACCCUCUAGAUCAACCUCGUCAAAAGGACACAUCUCGUGCAAUUCCGGAUGGAAAUGACUCUGCGCCUAGUCCUCAACCAGACAACCCGCCUUACCUCACAACCGCCAUCACAUUUGCCGAUACUGUUAAGAGGAGUGAUGGCUUGGGAAGCGACCCUACCAAGUUUCCUCAACGACGCCCUAAUGCCGAACAUAUUGCCAUCCUUGAGAGGCAGCGAAAUCAGGACAAUGAGGUCCUCCGCAUUCCCGGGCCGCGGGAAACUGAAAGAGGCCUAGGACCUCGCCGUCUUGAAGAAGAUGACCAACAGGAAGAAGAAGAUCGCCAAAUUGCUCGCCAGAGGACUAUUGAAUUUCGUAAUGACGAGCCCAGCGGCAUUCACGGCCGGCAACCGACUAUUACCAUUGCCGAGCCUGAGCAUCAUAAGCGAGACGAACUCAAAGAUGACGUUGCAGCUGCCGGCAACGUCGUUGAUAGCCUAAGGUUCCGAAGGCCGCGCUUUUUCAACAGAUCACAAGAUAAGUUACACGAAGACGGCGAAGAACCCAGACACGAAAGGUCAAGGACUCCGCAUCCACACCCUGUACGAACCAGAACAAUGGACACUAUUCGCUCCGCCUUGACUCGAGAGAAGGUAGACGACAUGCCGUAUCUUAGUUAUACGCCCACCAUGGGACGCAACUCAAAUUUCCUCGGCCUGACCCUGGAACAGCGUGAGGAGCUCGGCGGCAUCGAAUACCGCGCGCUGAGAACUUUGGCUUUGGUGUUGCUGUUUUACUUUUGGAUGUUCCACAUCUUGGCGGUCGUCUGUUUGCUUCCUUACAUUCUUCAUAAUCAGCAUUACGGAAACGUUCUCACGGCUGACGACAUUGGCAAGACAUGGUGGGCGUUUUGGACAGCCAACGUAGCCUUUAUGGAUGUGGGAUUUACCCUGACUCCGGACAGCAUGAACUCAUUUGCAACUUCCGAAUGGGUCUUGAUGGCUAUGUGGUUCUUCAUCAUUAUUGGAAACACUGGUUUCCCCGUCAUGUUACGUUUCAUGAUCUGGGUCGCUUCUAAACUUACGCCUCGAGGCACUGGCCUUUGGGAAGAGUUCAGAUUUUUACUUGACCAUCCCCGUCGGUGCUUUACUUUGCUCUUUCCAUCCAAUGCCAAUUGGUGGCUGUUUUGGAUUCUCGUCUUGCUCAACGUUAUUGACCUUGUAUUCUUCAUUGUCCUUGAUCUCGGAGCCGAACCCAUCACUGCUUACCCGCUUAGGAACCGCGUUGUUAUUGGCCUCUUCCAAGCUGCCUCAACCCGAACCGCUGGCUUCUCGGCAGUCAGCAUGUCAGAACUUCACCCUGCCAUGCCGGUUCUAUAUAUGAUAAUGAUGUAUAUAUCCGUGUUCCCCAUUGCCAUUUCUAUCCGACGAACGAACGUCUACGAGGAGAAGUCUCUGGGCGUGUAUCGCGACCGAGAUAGCGAGGAUGCUGAAGAAGCAAGCGCUCUUGAUUAUGUGGGAACGCACUUGCGACGUCAACUUUCUUUCGACUUGUGUGCCUACGGAACCGUGGGCCUAAGCAUGGGCGUGCCCGGUGUCAAUGCCUCUCUCUGUUCACAGUUUUCCGUUGUCGGCAAGCUGAUCAUCGUGGCCAUGCAAAUCCGUGGUCGACAUCGCGGUCUGCCAUACGGCCUUGAUCGCGCUGUCAUUCUUCCGAGCGAAGCCCGCUUGAAAAAGGAACAGGAAGAAUCCGAAGCCGCCCUCGCCCGGACAAACACUGCGGUAUCUACUGGUGCUACCUCAGCUCUGCAGCGACAUGUAACUACGGGACGAAGCCGGAGCAGGAGUCGUGACAGGGCCAACGGCAGCCUGAUAACACAACUACUCCACCCGGGACCGGUCGUUCCGCCAGAUCCAUUCCUGCGACCAAGGGGAAGAUCGGUGGAGGGACACCAGAGGAGCAUGUCUGCGGAUGUGACUGGCGCUUUGCCAGAACCCGCGGGCGCUCACUUACACCCCUCAAUAGAGGAAGAUGACGAAUUGCACCAAUUGUCGAGCAACGACUUCCCACACAAGCCGAGACGGAUAGAGUCCUCCGCCUUUUAG